AUGUCUUCCCGGCCCGGGCGCGACGACGCGGGGGCCGGGGGCGUGCGGAGGCCGCGGGAGCCGGCCGAGCAGGAGCUGCAGCGGCGCCGGGAGCAGAAGCGGCGGCGGCACGACGCGCAGCAGCUGCAGCAGCUCAAGCACCUGGAGUCCUUUUAUGAAAAACCUCCUCCUGGGCUUAUCAAGGAAGAUGAGACUAAGCCAGAAGACUGUAUACCAGAUGUACCAGGCAACGAACAUGCCAGGGAAUUUCUGGCUCACGCACCAACGAAAGGACUCUGGAUGCCACUGGGGAAAGAAGUCAAAGUUAUGCAGUGUUGGCGUUGUAAACGGUAUGGUCACCGAACAGGCGACAAAGAAUGCCCUUUCUUUAUCAAAGGCAACCAAAAGUUAGAACAGUUCAGAGUAGCACAUGAAGAUCCCAUGUAUGACAUCAUACGAGAGAAUAAAAGACAUGAAAAGGAUGUAAGGAUACAGCAGUUGAAACAGUUACUGGAGGAUUCUACAUCCGAUGAGGAUGGAAGCAGCUCCAGUUCCUCGGAAUGUAAAGAGAAACACAAGAAAAAGAAAAAGAAAGAAAAGCAUAAGAAAAGGAAGAAAGAAAAGAAGAAGAAGAAGAAACGAAAGCAUAAGUCUUCCAAGUCAAAUGAGAGUUCAGACUUGGACUGACAGCAACUUGACUUGUUCAACAUUCUCUUCUCCCAAAUAAGACACUGUGGCCAAAGACCAGAGGAUGUGGAAUCGGGGAGGACUAGGAGAGAGCCGCCUAGAGAGCAGGGUAUUUGGUGUCACAUGUGUGAAUUCUCACCUGCCUUCCAGCAAAGAUGUGACCCCAGGAGGGUGAGUUGUACUUUCCCAGGCACUAGCUCUGGACAGCGGCUGAUGUCAGGCAGGAAAGCUUUGUUCAGUGUUGUCCUUCCGCUGACCCCUGCAGUUUGUGAUUCCUUCGAGCUGCCUCUGCCAGGGUGGCCCAACCGAGGGAAUGAGUCUCUGAGGAAGCUCCAGGUGCUGCUGCAGCCUUCCCCGCCCCAGGGCGCUACUUAGUUCCCAGAGACUUCAGAUUUGACUUUUCUCUGUUGUCGAGGAUAAUAAAAGCUCAUUAUUUAUUUUUUUAAUGUAUUUCUUUUU